UAAGUAAAGGUGAUGACGAUGAUAGCACAGAAAAUUCUUCCAGCGGUUCCCAAACUGUCAGCCCUGACGACUUUCACACUACCAGCCCGACUGAUAAAUAUGUAACUUUAGAUCAACUACAAAGUCUAAGGCAAAUGUAUGGAACAACUAGCGAAAAAACUGAUUCUCUUGAACAAAAAUACUCACAGUUGGAGGAGAAUCUCAAAAUGUUGACUGAAAAAGAAAUACGUUUGGAAAUAAAACAGAAAUCUCAAACAAAGAAAAUAAAAUCUCACGAAAGGCGGAUGGAUGAAGUUGAGGAAAAUAUGAAAAUAUUGACUGAAAGAGUGGAAGACCAAACAGAGAUGAUAACUACACAAUUUAACAAAACAAAUCAAAUUACGGCAACAAUUAAAGAAAUCAAUCAGAAGGACAUACUAGAAACAAAAGAGAACAUUCGAACACUGUUUCAAAAUGUAAACGAUAAUGAUGCAUCGAUUAGAGAGUUAGUAGAAAAACAAUUAAAACUUACUUCAAAUUUAGAAACAUUGGGUCACAAAAACAUGAAAUUGGAGUGGAAGCAAGCUGCUAUAUGUCAAGUGCUAGCAAGAAGAUAUAGAAUUCUGGAUUCUGUUAAAGGAGUUUUGAGCAAAAUCUCUUUAUCAAGAGAUGAAGCAUACCUGAAGUUUCAUGAUAAAAUUGCUGCAUUAGAGAAAAAGAACAAUGCACAUUUUGAAGGUUUCUCUGCAUACGGUUUUUUCGAAGAAAUGACCGUCGUGUUAAGUGAGUUUUCUCCGGUACAUUUCAACAUUGGCGACAACUUUAAUCCAAAAACUGGGGUCUUCACAAUACCAACUACCGGAGUUUAUUGCAUGAGCCUGGUGCUGUUAAGUGAUUACGAAACUGGUGCUGAGAUUGAAAUAAUAUUGCAAGUUCCUCGAGAAAAGCUCGAUGUUGACGAAUACAACACGGACACAACCAUUCAACUGUUAAGAAUGAAAGGAGAUAGGAGUACUUUUGUAACAUACAAAUAUUUCGAGGAAGGGGAAAAGAUGUUUUUACAAUAUAAGGCAAACAGAAAUCUUUCUGGUUUCGUUCCGCCCUAUCAUGUAACAUUUACUUGCUACAAAAUAUAUGAAAGCACUGAAUAGUGCCGUGAGACAGCUUUUAAAAGUAAUAGAAGCAAAAUUAAAUUAAGAAAAAUUAAGUUUAGGCUUGGAAUUAUUUAGAUAGUAUUUUUUACUUUUGUUUAUUUACAUUUGGUUUCACACAACAAAACAGAAUGUUGUUGAAGUAAUGAUUUGGCUUAUACUUCAUAUAAAUUCAAGUAAAAUGUCUAAUUGUUGUGUACAAUUUAAGCAAGAACGAUAAAC